AUGUCGCCGCCGUUUAGAAUACCCUAUGCUAGAGCCACACAGGCUAUAUGCCAUCACCAGGCUCGCACGUUUGGCUACAAUGGCGCCCGGAGCACCGCAUUUGCCUUUUCAAACCAGCUCGGCAGGACGAGUAGUGUCUCGUCAUUGUACGCCGUGAAGAGCUCACACUACUUUUCCACAACACCAGCACUCCUCAAAAAGAACAAAGGGAAAUCGGCGCAGGCCGAACCUGCUGCCGUUGCAGACCCGUUCGACUUCUCGCCCCUAUCAGAUGGUAUACAACGUGCGGUUCUUCGACUGCAAGAAGAUUUGGCUAAGCUUCAGUCUCGCGGACGGCUCAAUCCGGAGAUCAUUGAGAAUGUACGGGUGACACUGAGGUCGACUUCGGGUCAGGAGAAGCACAAGCAAAUAGUGAAACUAAAAGACCUGGCGCAAGUUAUUCCAAAAGGGAGGAUGAUUACCAUCAUCGUGGGCGCGGAAGACUACACUAAACCUAUCACAUCCGCUCUUCAGGCUGCCCCAUCUCUGUCUCUAAACCCGCAACCAGAUUCGCGUAAUAAACUCCAGCUCAACCUCCCAAUUCCGCCGCCAACACGUGAGUCGCGCGACGAAGCCCUAAAGGCCGCUAAGCUUGACUUUGAGAAGGCUGGUAAGGCAGUCAAAGACGCUCGAGCAAGCAUUCAGAAAAAACUAAAGGCAAUGGGAUCCAAUAAAACUAUCAGGCCCGAUGACCUGCACAAAGCAUUGGAGCAGAUGGAAAAGAUGACAGAAAGGGGCCAGAAGGAGGUCAAGAAUGCAUUCGAGAAUGCCAGACAAGCAUUCGAGCGAGAGUAA